CAGGGUGACAAUGCUGCCCAGCCUCCUUUCCCAGCCAAAGCUGGACAUCUCCCCUUAGCCUGGCAAAAAGAACAUAUUUUUAUUUAUUUCAUAGAUCACAUUCGGAUCCCCCCCCCAUCAGCUAAAAGCAGAGAGCUGAGCUUUCCUGCCGUCCUGUUCCUUUAAGAAGAGGAGGGGGGAGAGAAAGUGGGUGGGUGUCUGCGGAACUGGGGGGGGAGAGCAGAGGAGGGCGGAGGCUGGUGACAUCACCUCCCAGCCUGAACCCCCAGCUUUCCUUAUGGGGAGGGGGCGGAUGAGAUGAGCAGGGGAGCUGGACCCCUGAUCUUUCCAGGCUGAGCUGCAGGAAUCCAGUUCCCGUCUCCCAAGGAUGCUCCUUCAUCCCUCGUGAUCCAGCCAGGUCAUCCCCUACAGGUAAACGCACAAUGUCUGCUCCUUGCAGCAAGUCCAACAUGAGCGGUCCGACGGUCCUCACGAGUCCGUCCGGCGAAUUGCUCUUCCCUACCGUCUCUUCUCCGGAUCUCUGGAGGACUCAAGUGGUGAAUUAUUCCGGCUGCGUCCCCCGGCACAUCAGCCAUCGGGCUAACAACUUCAAAAGGCAUCCGAAGCGGAGGAAACUGGUCGGACCCUCCCCGCCUCCUCCUCCCAACACCCCCUGCCCGAAGGACUGGGCCCCCUUCGUAGGGAUCGACCAGGAGAGAUCUUUCUUGAAACUGCUCUUCAACGGGUUCAUCUUGUUCGGGAUCGAGUUCAGCUACGCCAUGGAGACGGCCUUCGUCACGCCGGCCCUGCUGCAGAUGGGCCUUCCCGAUCAGCUGUACGGGAUGGUGUGGUUUAUCAGUCCGAUCCUGGGUUUCUUGCUGCAGCCCUUAUUGGGGGCUUGGAGUGACCGUUGCACCUCCCCGAUGGGUCGGAGAAGACCCUUCAUCCUUGUCCUGGCAAUCGGGGCGUUGGUGGGACUCUCCCUGAUGCUGAAUGGCAGGGAUAUCGGCGCUGCCAUCUCCGACACAGGCAAUAAUCACAAAUGGGGCAUCGCCCUGACCAUCUGCGGGGUCAUCUUGAUGGAUUUCUGUGCUGACUCUGCUGACAACCCCAGCCAUGCCUACAUGAUUGACGUCUGUCGCCCGGCGGAUCAAGACCGGGCGCUCAACAUCCAUGCUCUUUUAGCUGGACUCGGCGGUGGCUUUGGCUACGUCGUCGGAGGGAUUAACUGGAAUGGCACCACCUUCGGGAAGGCCGUGGGGGGACAGCUGCGCGUCAUCUACAUCUUUACAUCAAUCACCCUGGUGCUGGCCACCAUCUUAACUUUGGUCAGCAUCCCCGAACAGCCCUUGCCGUCUUUCGGCAAGCAGAAGAAGAUCAUGAAGAGCCCCAGCUUGACGCUCCCCCCCUCUCCCCCGCUGCUGUUCGAGGAGUGUCCCCCCGACAGCUCUGCGGGGUCCCAAAACCCGGUCCACGUGUAUGCCAACUUUAGCAGUCCCAUGUCUCCCCUCAGCCCACUGACUCCGCGGUACGGGAGCCUGAUCAGCUGGGACAGCUCUCUGACAGGGCUGAAUGAUUUCGCUUCCUCCUUCGGCACCUCAAAUAUUGACAGCGUCCUCAUUGACUGCUUCACCAGUGGGACUGACGCCUACUUGUCCAUCCCGGGAAGCUUACCAGGGCAGGGGGUCAGGAUCAGCCUGCCCAGAGCUCAAGAGGAGUUCAAUUGCCCUGAAAAUGCUGCGCUGGAGAGCCGGGAAAAUGGCAGAGAAGGACCGAGGGUGGGGUCCUUGGACGCUAUCAAACCCCAUUCGUCGGGGAUCCUGAAACGGCCGCAGACUUUGGCCAUCCCGGAUAUCAUCACCGGGAACCUUCCAGAAAGCUCUCGGCGAAGGAAUGUCACAUUCAGCCAACAGGUAGCAAAUAUUUUGCUGAAUGGGGUGAAGUACGAGAGCGAGUUGAACGGCUCGAACGAAGUCUUCGAACAGCCCCUGUCGAUAAAGCUUUUGUGUUCCACCGUUUGUCACAUGCCAAAAGUCCUUCGCAACCUUUGCAUCAACCACUUCCUAGGCUGGCUGUCGUUUGAAGGGAUGCUGCUGUUCUACACCGACUUCAUGGGAGAGGUGGUCUACCUGGGGAACCCCAAAGCCCCCCCGGAUUCAGAUGCGCGCCAGAGGUACAAUGCCGGCGUCACCAUGGGAUGCUGGGGCAUGUGCAUUUAUGCGUUCAGCGCGGCCCUGUAUUCAGCCUCCCUUGAGAAAUUGGAAGAAUAUUUCAGCAUCCGCACGCUGUAUUUUAUAGCAUAUUUAGUUUUUGGCCUCGGCACCGGUCUGGCUACCUUGACCCGGAAUAUCUACGUGAUCCUGACGCUUUGCGUCACCUACGGAGUGCUGUUUUCCACCCUCUGCACGCUCCCUUAUUCCUUGCUGUGUGACUACUAUCAAAGUAAACAGUUUGUCGGCACCAGCAAAGACGGGACGAAGCGAGGCAUGGGGGUGGACAUCUCCCUCCUCAGCUGUCAGUACUUCCUGGCCCAGAUUCUAGUCUCCAUCGUCAUGGGUCCUUUAACGGCAGCGGUGGGCAGUGCCAACGGAGUGAUGUACUUCGCCAGUGUGGUCUCUUUCAUGGGCUGCCUGUAUUCCUCGCUCUGCGUCUUUUACGAAAUCCCCCCAGGGGAGGAACUGACUGACGAACAGCAACCGCUGAUGCUGAGCAUAUGAAGGAGGGCAAAAAUAAUUAAAAAAAAAAUUAGCAAUUCAGGGCCCGUGUGCCAUGCUCCCCCCCCUUUUUUUUGUGGGGGUGGGAAGGAUAAUCACAGAUGCAUAUCUAAUUAAAAAAAAAAUAUCCAAGA